GUUASAUAUCGUGUGUCUGUCAGUCUAUCCAUCCAUGGAUUCGCUAUUCUCUAGUCUCUCACCAAAUGAUUGAAAAUCCAGAAAUCCCCGAAGAUGAGACAAUGGCAAACCCUGUUAUAUCCCGUGCCUGUCCCACUCAUCGAAACAUCCAGGAUCGAAGAGCAAUAUACGGCACAGCAUCCAAACAGACGAGAGAUUGAUUGAUAAUGUUCCGACUGGGUUUKGCCACUUCUCUGCCGUCGGCGGCGGCGGCAGCGACACGAAGAACGAUGCUUCGCUACCGGCCGGCGGGAAUCGAAUCUGCGGCGGCACGAGCAUCCGCAUCCGCACCCGCGGCGUUAUCGACCAGGGCCCGGGAAUCGUCUCCAACACGGUCGAUCCCAUCUAGGAGGUCGUUCUCGUCUGUGCCAGAGACUCUCGCAAAAUCCUCCCUGUAUACCUGGGGGACCGAGACCCACGGAUGCCUGUUGCAAGAAGAAAGCGACAAGAUAGACUCCAAGAACAUCCUAUGGGAACCCCAGCCGGCGGCCUUUCACAACGACAUCGGCAGGAUUUCCGACUACUGGUGCGGACACAACGAAAUCAUACUGACAACGGAGGAGGGAUCCGUCUGGGUGGCCGGAGAGAACAAGAACGGCCAGCUGGGACUCGGGCACAAGAACCCCGUUUCUGCCCUCACCCAAAUCAAGGUCGACGGCGUCGAAAGGUUCGCCAAGGGGCGGAUCGGGGCCAGCACCGGCGCCCUCAUUGCGGAAAACGGCGAUCUCUAUACCUUUGGCUUUGGCGGAUCCGCCAUGCGCGGGGUCGGCUGCCUUGGACACGGAAACGAGGAAUCCUACCCGACCCCGAAGCUGGUGGAAUCCCUGGUGUACGACGGCUGCCGGGUCCAGGACGUGACCCUGGGGGAAUCCCACACGACGGUCCUGACCACCGAGGGCGAGGUUCUGACCACGGGUGCCUCCAACUACGGGCGCCUAGGAAACGGAGAAACCUCGGAGGACAAUCUGUAUUUCGACGCCGUGGAGAUUCUCCCGAACGAGACGGUUUCCCAGAUCGCCGGGGGGGAAUCCUUCACCCUGGCCCUCACGAAGGAAGGAAUCAUCUACGCCUGGGGCAAGAACGCCAAGGGCCAGCUCGGGACCGGUUUCGGGAUGGCCAUAGACAUGUACGCCAUGGAAGACGUCCCCGCGCCGAUCGAGGGCGACGAGCUYGCCAACCGGGUCGUCRCCAAGAUCGCCGCCGGGGCGAACCACAGCGCCUGCGUGACCUCCAGCGGGGAGCUCUUCUGGUGGGGGGUCAACCUGCACCUGGAGCCGGUCCGGGUCAACGAGGUCCUGCACACCAAGAUCGUGGACGUGGCCUGCGGCCUCGACUACACGCUGGCGCUCUCCGAGGACGGGGAGCUGUAUUCCUGGGGUUUCGGAAAGACGGGGGUCCUCGGCGUGGGUCCCGACGUCAAGACGCUCCACCAGGCCCGGCGGAUCCGGGCGCUCGCGGCCGAGGGCGGGGAGAGCGAGCGAAAGGUGGUGUCCAUGGCGGCCGGAAGCAACCUCGCGGCGUGCAUGGUGAGCGAGUAGCGGUCGGAAAGAAUGCCGCAAUGGCAACUAGUGGGAGCAGUAGAGUAUUGUAGCCCGCUCUUUUCUCUUUUGUACUUUGCGGUGCCGUAGUUCGAUGACGACAGAGUACCCUAUUUAUAGUUGGUCUU